AUGGCUGAAGAAGCCUUCAACUCUCCCUCUUCUUCGACUGUGACCGACAGCCGUGCCCUAACCGAACCCCGCGAUCCAUCACCGUUGAAGACGGACGCUUUGUGCCCAUCCGACGAGUCCAGCAUCCCCUUGGGCCCGAUCUCAAAUACGCAUCCCGAUCUGUCUCCCGCCACGUCACUCCCAUCUCAUCCUGACCCGCCUCUCCAGGCACCCACAUCCCCCAACCUGUCACCAGUACAGCCUCCAGCGACCCCUCAAGCGAUCCCCCAGCCCUCCUUGGGGCCGCAGUUGGAAAGACCUCCCAAGGCCGAGCCCCAAGACACUCUGUCGCAUUCUUGGACCAGCUCGUCGUCAGCAGUCCCCUCCCCGACUCCAGUCCCUGUCGUACGUCACCCCGCCACUGGACUUCCUCCGUCACCUCCACCGCUGUCACCGCUGCGAGGCCACGCAAGCACUCGCAGUCCUUUGUCCCCCUCGUCACCGAUAAUGUCCUCUCCUGCUGCCGCCCCAGAUAAGGAGAUGUUGAAACUCCUCCUCCCACUCUGCUACGAUGGGAAGUCGGUGGUCGAAUGCAACCGGUUCAUCUUGCAGUUGCUGAUCUACUGGACGAUCAACACGGCCCUCUCCACCAUUGAGCUGAAGGUCCGGGUCGCCCUCAGUCUCCUUGACGGUGAUGCUCAAGCCUGGGCCACUCCCAUCUUUGCCCAGCUAGCGGCUGUGCAGAUCCAAAUCCAAGGAGCCACGUCCCCAUUUGCUUAUGAAGCAGCCUUCCUCAUGGCUUUCAAAGCCCGUUUCGGCAAUCUCGACGACAAGGCGGCAGCACAAGUAGAGCUGGCAAAGCUCUGCGUGGACAAGUCGGUCCAUGAAAAACGCACCGCUGCGGAAUUCUCCACGCUGUUCAAGGGUCUGGCGGACCAUUCCGGGUAUGGGGACCUGGAGCUACGCGACAAGUACCUGAGCGGCAUCCCUUCCCGCGUCUACCGCAAAAUCGAGCUGGAGACGUUCACCACGUGGCUAGAAGCUGAGAAGCGCGCCACUGAGGUCGAGCAGAUUCUCGACAUCAGCCGGGCCCGUCGGCCCGAGUUGAACAACUUCUUCUCAGCACGAGGCCGGGGACGUGGUGGGGCACGUGGUGGUAUGCCCCAGUCGCACGGAGCUUCGGCCAGCAUCAAUGCGGCCGUUGGAAAAGGAGACUUCCCUGGUAGUUGCUUUGGCUGUGGGAAGCAAGGGUAUCAACGUUUCGAGUGUCCCAAUUGUAAGGACAAGCCUUACACAAAACGCGCCAACACGCGGGCUACGGUUGCCUCGGGCUCCACCCAGGCGGCGACAAGCGCCCCCGUCGCUUCAUCCUCGAUGAAGUCAAUGCGCGAGGAGCUCGAGCAUUAUUGGGCCAUGAAGGAGGAGGGUUUUUGA